AUGAUACUAUCAGUCGAGGAGUCUACACCAGAAUGCAUACAAUUUACGCUACGAAACACAACUGUGUCGUAUGCAAAUGCACUGAGAAGAGUGCUGAUAUCCGAGGUGCCCACUGUUGCAAUAGAUCUAGUUGAAAUAGAAAGAAACAACACAGUGCUUCCAGAUGAGGUUCUGGCACAUAGACUAGGCUUGAUACCGAUAUAUUCAAAGAGAGAGCUCAAGUACAAGAGCGAAUGCGAUUGCUCAGGGUUUUGCGAUCAAUGCUCAAUCACAUUUGAAAUAGAUGUUGUUCAUCUUGACGAUACGCUCAGGGUUGUAAGCACAAGAGACAUCUUCUGUGCUUCGGAGGAUGUAAACAUUCGAAGCGGGCCGGUUAUUGCAAAGCUUGCAAAGGACCAGGGGCUGAAGGUCAAAUGCAUUGCACGCAAGGGCAUAGGCAAGACACAUGCAAAGUGGUCACCUGUCUCUGCAGUUGGAUUUGAGUAUGAUAAGAACAAUGCUCGAAGAGAAACAAACUAUUGGUUUGAGCAAGAUGUGGAGGAAGAAUGGCCCGGAGUGAAGCAAGAUGAGGCGAAUCCAAUGCAGAAGAUCGACGAGAUUCGUAUGCGGGUGGAGGUUGUUGAAGGAGGAUUGAGCCCUGUGGCAAUUGUAAUCAAGGCACUGGAGAUCCUCAGGGAAAAAGCAAUGAGUGUGGUAUCAUCGAUCGAAGAAAUAAACUGA